AUGGUCUGGUGGAUACUGGUUAUUCUGGUUACCACAGGGACCCUUAACCACGGUGGGAUCGAGGCGUCCCCCGAAGGAGUCCGCGGCCCACAGACGAGACAGAAGGGCCAGGACAACAGCCAGGACGGUCCUUCGCAAUUUCUUGGACAGCUCCGUGGCAUACAGCAGGCCCAGAGUUCUCUCAGCCUGCAAGGUGCUAGAAACGCACCACAGCGCAAGCCAACUGCCUGGACGAGCUCGGUAUCUGCUUGGCGCAAUGCCGAACUCGUGGAAGUGUAUGACUUGCCGCAAGUGGAACAGGGCCAAUGCGGUAUUUUGCCCGCAUUGCGGGAGCCAUUGGGAACGAGUGGCAGAGAGCUAUUCCAGUGCAGCGCCAUCGACACCAUGGCCACCAAAGUCAGAGCAAGCACCGUGGGCGACCCAGCCGAGGGCUUGGUCGGCUCCCAGAUCACCAAGGAGGCCAAGGCCGGUGGAAAGGGCCCUGGAAAGCCGGGUGCUGCUGGAAAAGCUUCAGUGGCAGAUGCUCCGAAGCCGAACAUAGAGUCGCUGCCAGCAGCGCCCAAGGCCUCUACGGUACCGACUCCGAAGCCCCGCAACAACGCACCGGGACAGCCCUCUGCCGAGAAGUUGCAGCUGGAAGCUCUGGUCAAAUGUCUGGGAGGCCUCAAGGAGACCCUCCCUCCAGAAGCUGUCGAAGCCAUAGAGCAACUACAGCUGAGCAGCACCCAGGACACCACCAAGGAGCUACACCGUGCAGUCGCGGCUCAGUCAGCUGCGAAGAAGCAGCUGAUUCAGACGCGAGCUGCGAGGGCAGCCUACAUUGCAGCCUGGAACGAGUACAUUGUACAGGUCUCAGAUCUCAUACAGACACAGGUGCAGGAGCAAGCUGCACAAAUCGCGCACUACGACGAGACAGAGCUGGCAUGGCAAGGUUCGCUCGAGAAGGCGACAGCAGAUCUUGCUCGGAUGGCCAAUGUGUCGACAUCCAAUGCGCAGGAGGACGGCGAGUCCGAGAUGGACGUUGCCGAAGCACAAGUGGACAACGACAUCGAGAUCGCUCAGGAGCAGGAACGACGGCGACAACAACAGGUGGCCGACUCUGCAAAGUUGAUUGCGGUCAUGGAGUCGCUGAAGGAAUCGGCCGCGCAGCGGCUCGCACAAGAAUCCUCGGAGACGCGAGAGGGCUCGCGUACCCCGAGGCGCCUCAAGCAAGGCCCGAUCGACCUCACCAAGGAGUCGGCAAAAGACGACAAGCCCGACAAUGGACCGCACUGGCCGAUCGAGUCCGGCAUGCCGCAUUUAGCGGUCUGCUGUGAGCACAAUUUCAUGCAUGCGCACGUGGCGGAGCUCCACGCAUGCAACCAGGCCUUGGAAGUCAGCUUGCAAGACCUUCCUGACCUCCGACCUCACACAUUCCUUGAUGAUACCAGGCUUGAUGUCACAGAGCUUGAGCCAUGGGAGGAGAGUGACCUUUUUUCUACGGAUGGUGAGUUUACUGCCUGUACAGGGAUUGGAGCCUCAGACAAUGGCAACAUGUGGCGGUGUUUCCUUGCACGACAACGGACCAUCUUAGCAGCAAGCAAUCUGCUCAACAUUUCCCUGGACUUACCCUGUCGGGCGCAUUCCUCUCAGUCGAAUCCCUCAUCACAGCUUGUGCGGACCGUUUCCAGCACAGCCUCGACCUCCGGCCACCACUGUGACCUGGCGUUUGCAUUUCCAAUUCGCCUGUCUUCCUCGUCGCAGCUUGUGCGGGCCGCUCCCAGCACAGCACUGUCCUCCGCCGGGCCAUUCGUCUGCAAACACGCCCAAAGUCCCGCAAGCAACACGGAUACCACGGGCGUGACAUGGGCUACUCCCAUUUCCUUCACAGCAAUCAGGCUCAGGCUUUCGGCCCAGGUCCCAAUCUUGCCAGAGGACCUCGACCGGCCCGAGCUCAGAGGACAAUGUGUUUCUGGAUUCAGUUGGUACUCAGGUUUCAGGGCAACUGGAGGAGUUUCUAGCACCUCUCAGCAUGACCGCUUUGCGAUCUUUACUACCGAAUACCAUUCGCAGGUUCGGUCCCUUCGGAGGGGUGCUACACUUGACGACGUGGUCGCGGAGGUGUUGGGGAUAGUCCCGCGUCUCCGAAACAUCCGCAUCCUCAUGGACCGCCUCGAAGGGUUCCCACCGCUUCAGGUGGUGGCUACCACGCGGGAUUGUCCCAUCCCAGGCUUCUCUGCAGAAAGAAUCAGUGAAAUGAUCCUGCAAGACUGCCCUGCAAUCAGACGGCCUUCGCGAGAUUUCAUUCUGAAGUUGCCAGAUGACACUCCUCUGCAAAGGCUUCCACUGCUCGCACUUGGGCCAGAUCACCUGCGCGGUGCGGAGGCAGCGCGACUCGAACCAAUGGAGCCGGCGCUUGCCCCUCCUUUGGAGCGGGAUACGGCAAUGGACGACCCAACCGCCCUUUUACAAGUACAACAGCGGGUCCGGCAAGUUCCCAACUCCGCCACUUCCCAGACCUCCGCGAGCGAGCUGCAGUCCUCUGUGCAUUCAGGGGUACCUUCGGUUCCAGAUACGAGGCGUGUGCGACCUGUUGUCUGCACCGCCCAGAUCAAGCACUCCCUGACGGCAGACCUUUGCCUCCUUCAGGAAUCUGAUCAACUUACUGCUACCUCUGCGGAUAGCCAGCUUGCUGUCGAGGCUCCUCCUGACAGCCCCGCAAUCAGCCAGCCGCCGGCAUUGCUUUGGCAUCAUUUCCGCGAGCUCGAUCCUAAGGGAGGACACACUGCCGAGAGCGGGCUACCCACAAUGUUGCCUGCUUACUUACCUACCUCGGCACGCAGAGAGCAGGCCGCAAUCGACUUCUCUUGGGGGGGCAUUGCUGGCACCUCUAACGAUGCGUUUGUGACUUUCGAUAUCCUUCGUCAUGCGCUUGUACGUCCUCGGGAUGCCAGUGCUACGUUGCAGGAUAUCGUGACGGCCGCAGUUUCAGAAGCUCCAUUUGUUGUUCGGGCGGUUCAAAUUCUGACUUGUAAUUUGCCGGGGUUUCCCCGCCCACAGCUGGUGUUGCAUCGCAGGGAGGACGACCCCCGCUCCACCCCUCUUCCUUGGGACUUUAGAAGCAUAGGGGGAAGGGUGCGCACUGUCCUCCACUACCCUGCCGAGCUCCUUUCAGAAUCGGUAGCUGCAGUUCAAGCGGUCUGCCCGGAGAUGCCCGAUCUCCUUGCCUCCCUUCUGUCGCACCACCUGGUCGCAAUCGACGCCACUGGCCUGCUGGAUAAUUAUCUGCCCGACGACCUCGAAGAAGUUCAGUUUAUCACUGUCGAGCGCAAUGCCCGUAAUUGGUUUCUUGAAGCUUCAGGUGUCCCCACCGGAUGGCCAGAAUGGUCUCCUCUCGGACCCACUUCUACAUCAACUACUACACAGAUUCAGGGGGACAACCGCAGGUUCCGCUUUGUGGUUCUACACGGCACCGAGCAAGCGCAAGUUGAGGUCAGGGCACCAUGCUUACAGGCCGACGCAGUCCUUGAAAGCCUGCUGAUGGACGUAUUUGCACGUAGUAUGCCUCUGCGAGGUGAAUUGCGCAUCAUGAUGGCCCGUGCGCACCCUUUGCCGAGUCAGGGAGUGCAGGACAUUGUCUUUCUUGUGAGUGGGGACUUCGAUAGUGAGCAGGCCACGGUUGUGGUGGAUCAAAGUGAGUGUGGCUUUCCUGCACAAACUAUGGUCCUUGCGCCAUUCACCCGCUGCGAGGUGGAAGUACCCGAGCCCUGGAGAUCGCAAGGUGUCCAUUUGUUUGCCAAUGCAGUUCCAGUUCACCUUGCGCAGCGACCGGCAAGCCAGGGGGAUUAUUUUCGGUUUUCUGCUGAGCUGGAUCAUCCGGUCUGUACGACAGCAUCUGCUAUCUUGUCCGCCCUUCCCGUGCUGGAUCCAUUUGCAUGGCCGCUUGACGCGCAAGCGGGUCUGGCGCGGCUUACCCGCCACCCAGCUCAGGGCUUAGCGAUUGCUGUCACUCGUGCCAUCGAACCAUGUCGGGCCAUCUUUUCCACCGGCAGCGCGCACAGCAGCCUUCAAACAGUCCUCUUACCCUCCUACGGCCAGCAGAAUCAGUAUCUCGUGCUAACAGUCCCAGCGCAAGCACGGACGUUGGGCAAGGUGCCUUUUCCGCCCAAUUGUGUUCUCAGGCAUCCUGGCCGUCCCUGGCGCACAGGUGACGUGGUGGACGUUCUUGAUCUUGCCAAUUGUGCGGUACCCUUUAUCCCCAACAUUGUGUCUGGCACGCCAAUACCGCGGCCUCCUCGCGAGGCGUUUGGGCGACUCAGAUUGGAUAUGGACUCCGCGGCCCGCAACACGGGACGCUGGAGCCCGGAAGAAAUGUCCGAUCAGGAUAGGGCUGCGCUUGCUGCCCUGUUGCAAGAGGUUGCCGCGAACCCGUUCGAUCCACCCGCACAUGCCGAGGAGGAACUGCCAGGCCCUGCAGCUUUACGCCGACGGUUCAUUCUUCCCACCUUCAGCUCGGGCACCAGCCCGAGCCGGUUGGGCGGUAUAUGUGUCCUGGCCCUGCACCAUGACACUUGGUGCUAUGCAGGCUACUUGGCCUCUCCGGCUCCGAUACAGGGCAGCGUCGCCACUCUGGGACAGGCAGUGGAGUCUUCCUUCGAAGUAGAGCUUGCUGCCCUGCUACAUGCCCUUGCCAUCGCCGCCAAACUUCAGGUACCUGCCAUGAUCGGAUAUGAUAACCUGGCCGCGGGCCACGUUGCCUUUGGCGCCGCGGUGGAUAGUCGCAAUUCUCCCAUGAGCCAGGCAUGCGUUGAGAUCUUGCAUUUCUUGAGACUAUGUGGUGUUGCCCCCAUUGGCUUUCACAUCCAUUCGCACCAAGGACACCCCGCUAAUGACCUUGCAGAUGCCCUUGCCCGUGGAGCUGCUGAUAGCAGAGAGCUUCUUGCACCAUCUGCUGCCUUACACGAGGCACAACACUCAGGCGCCCUAGCUUGGAUUUGGGCGGCUUGCAACCUGCAUCGCAGCUUACCCACAAUCGGCAGUGAUGGAAUCGUUGCCCUCGAGCCCACUGCCAGCGACGGCCUGGCCCUUCUUGAUGUGCUUCCAGAAUCCGCGACCGUCGACGCGGCUGUGGACAUCGACUUUCGUACAGCAACAUAUAACUGUCUGUCCCUGCAAGGCAUCGAACAAGUGGAAUCGUUGGAUUGGCAGUUCUGGGCUGCCAACCUCGCGAUUAUCGCUUUGCAAGAAACGCGCACUUCCCCAGGGCGCCGCAGUAGCACCCCUCAUUACCAUGUGCUGGCCAGCAACGACGAGGACGGACAACUGGGCUGUCAAGUCUGGAUCGCUAAAUCAUGUUGCACAGGCCAGAAUGGGAGUCCACAAUGGGACCCAGCUACCUUUGCCAUACUCUACUCAAGGCCACGCAUUUUGAUGGUUUCAGUUAGAGCGGGUAAGUUCAAGCUGGUCGUCAUUUCUGCGCAUGCCCCGACCGGCAAAGCCAGCCCUGCCAUUCGAGAAGCCUGGUGGGAGGAGCUCUCAGGUGUUCUGCGCAGAGUUCCCCAAGGCUAUACGCCACUGCUCUGUAUUGACGCCAAUGCGCACUUUGACUGGCUCCCUGACCCCCCAGCCGAGAAUCAGGCCCUGAACCCUAAUGGUCACAAGAUGGCCUUGCUGUUAAGGGAACACCACCUCACGGCCACUGCCAACACUCUUCCCGCUGGCGAUCGAGUUGUUACUUGGCGAGGCCCCCAAGGGUCAGAACACUGUUUGGACUAUAUCGCGUGCCCUACGAGCCUUUCGCUUGGGUUGCAUCUUAAGGGUGUUCUCCCUGGUUUUGUCGGCAAAGUUGACCAUGACCACGAGCCUCUGGUUGCAUCGCUGCACUGGAAUAGGCCCAUGGGCCCCAACCGCCCACCUUGCAGAUAUGAUACCAAACAGAUGCUCACAGAUAGCGGCAAGGCCACGAUCAAAGACAUCUUUGACCGUGCUCCUCGAGUUGCCUGGGAGACCGAUGUUGACUCUCAUCUCCAUGCCCUCAACUCCCACCUCACUGCGGAGCUCUCGCGAGCUUUCCCUGCGAAGGCUGCUGGCCCCCGCUCCUACGUCCUGCAAGACCACUCGUGGCAGCUUAUUCAAGACCGGCGCAACCUCCAAAGAGACCUUUUUGACUGUAAGCAGGGUCGUCGCCGCAUCAUUUUGCGAGAGGUUUGGAGGGCAUGGACAAGAGGGGCUGCCGAGACCCAUGACAUCCGACUCAGUCAUCAGGUGGAGGCACUCUACGCGAGCCAACUCCGGGACCUAAAGGCUCGUGUACGCGACAGCAAGCGACAAGACUUGGCUGCAGCUGCCCAGAAUGCAAUGACUACGGCUCGCCGACGCGGACCAGAAGCCCUGCACAAGCACAUGCGCCAAAUCAUGCGCUGCGGCAGAAGAUAUCGCGAGCCUGCCAUCCAGCCUGCCAUCCAGCUCCCUGACGGACGAUUUGCUGCCGACUCACAUCUACAGCUUGGGCUACAUUUCGCCACUGCUGAAAGAGCGAGUCUCAGCUCUGCACAGGACAUUCGCACGACAGCUGCUCCGCCUCCCACCCAGCCCUUGCUGGCCGAUCCUUCCAUGAGCAUUGCUUCUCUGGCGCGGGGAUACGGGAGCUUGGCCUCGGGAAAGGCCUCCGGCCCCACAGGGCUGCCCAUGGAGCUCUAUAAGGCAGACCCGAUUGGAGCCGCCAGCACUCACCAGCCGCUGCUGCUGAAGGCUCAGCUCAGCGGGACAGUACCGGCCCUGUGGCGUGGCGGCCAUAAUAUCGCCAUCCCCAAACCCAACAAGCCUCUACAAUGCGCAGACGCCUGGCGUGCCAUCCUCCUAUGUGAAAGCUCGCUGAAGGGAGUGUGCAAGGCCGUCCGCGGUCCUCUUUUGCAGUGCCUUGAUCGCGUACGCACUGCCGCACAAGGUGGCAGCCGAGUCGGAGCGCCACUCCAAAUUCCCAUGGCGUACGCACAGGGCUAUGUGCGCACCCUUUUUCGGGAAAAAGCCACGGGUGCACUACUCUUUGUAGAUGGCAAGGCCGCCUUCUACUCCACCUUGCGACAAGGCCUUUUUGGCAGCGAAGGUGGCCUCCCUGGCCAGUUCCUGAACUCCCUGGCAGACGCCCUGUUUGACAGCCCUCAGGACAGACUCCGGUUUAUGUCUCAGGCAUUGGGACCUGGACUCUUAGCCUCCAAUGAUGUUCCAGAGCCAGUCCGCAGAGUUGUCACCGCCACCUUGCGGGACACCUGGUAUUCUGUCGGUACCAAUGAGCGACAUUACUUUGAGACCAGAUCAGGGACUUCCCCUGGAAGCCCGAAUGCGGACGUGCAGUUCCAACUGGUCUUUGCACAGGUCUUGCAGCGAAUGGAGACUCUCCUCGCCGAUCUUUGUGCCGAAAUCCAAAUGGGAUUGCACAAGGAAGCGGGAUUCUCUUCUUCAAGCACCCCGGCUCCCUCAUGGAUGGACGACUUGGCGAUCCCCUUGAGAGCCAACAAUGCUGAGCAUCUCAUGUCUUGUGUAGACAGGGUACUCCGUGAGCUUUGGAGUGCCAUGAAGGACAUUGGCCUCGAUAUUAACUUUUCGCUUGGCAAAACAGAACUCAUGCCGAUUAUUCUCGGCACUGGUUCACGCCGUUCGCGCCAAAGAUUGCUUUGCGAAACCGGUGCUCGGCACACUGUCCUUCUGGCCCCUGCCAAUUCCGUUGAGCUUCACAUCACAGACAAGUACGUGCAUUUGGGCACCCUUUUGGACAGCUCUGGCAAUGAUGUUGCGGCCAUCAAGCACCGAACCUCAUUGACGAGGGAGAUGCUUUUGCCACUCAAGCGGCUCUGCCGGAAUCCUUUUCUGUCUGAGGAAGCGAAAACCGACAUGUUGCGCAGCAUGCCACUCUCCAGAUAUCGCCACGGCGCAGGGUUCUGGCGUACCACCCAGGUGCAAACCCGACAGCUUUACCAGCGGGGCUAUAUGGAGACCCCCCGCCGGCUCCUUCGCGCCAUCACAGGGCUCUCCUCCCAAGGGCUCACUGACGAGGACGUUUGCUUGGUCUUAGAUAUUGCCAGUGCUACAGAGGUACGCAACGCCGACCUUGUUAGACACCUCGCAUGUGUGCUGGCCGAGCCCGGCCCCCACCUGCGCGCGGCCUGGCAGCAGGACACAGACUGGUUCCACGAGACUACAGAAGCUCUGGGUGUCGUGGCCUCUUCCUGUCAGGUGUCUGCGGACCGGGCCUGGAGCCGACUGGAUGCACAGCCCGGCUUAGCUUCACAAUGGACUCGCAGGUACCUGAGACAAUGCAGACGUGCUCGCCGAGAAGCGGCGCCUCAGCGCAGAGAGCAUCUCGUUGCCCUGCAGGCUCUGCGCGAAGCUGGAUUCAUUCUGUGCGCCCGGCCUUCGCCUGAAUGCACCAUAUCGGAGACCGUCUGCAAAGUAUGCGGCAAAGGGUUCAGUAAAGCGGCGGCAUGUGCGUCGCACAUGCGCAAACGGCACAACAUUGUCGCACCAGCCACAGAAGCUACCCUGGGUACAGCGUGCCAGGUUUGCGGUGUGGAAUUUUGGAGCUCCAAGCGUUUGCGGCAACACUUGCAACGAAGCCACAGAUGCCGCCAUACUGUGCUCGCCGCGGAACUCCCCGUCACCGCCACGGACCAGGUUAAUAGACACCACCAUGCCUGGCUUCCAGCCACUAAGCUCAUAGGUCCGCAGCCAUGGUGGGCUGGACUUCACCCUCCAGAAGAGCUGCCCCCUGUUGAUGCAGUCGAAUGUCCUCCAUGGCAUCCGACGCUCCAGAGGCUGGCUUCGCUUACAGCUCCUUUUAAGGAGCUUUUUGCCACAGCCCGGACUGCACUUGUUCAGGGAGAGCUUAUCGGUGCUUCUGAGGAAGAUCUGCCAAUUGCAUCUUGCCAGCUCCCUCCGUCGCAUCGCGACCUGAUUGCACUUUGCAUCAUGAUCGCCAAUUUUGAGCCUGUGCAAAGCACGGCUACCAUUCGCAGAGGAACCUGGAUUGGGCGACUCCGCGCUGAUAAAGUGAGUUUAGGCCCAGCCGAACAGACAGCUGGCCUUCCAGCUGCUCACAAUUUGCCUGCGGAGUGGGCUUUUUGUUUGAGCUAA